GUAUGAAAAGAGAGGGUCACCAGGUAUAUUUGCAGUUCGAGAAAUCACUACAAGUCAAAACGCUCUACGCACAAAUACAGAGAAAUCCUCUCGUCCCCGGCGGCCGGCAGCGGCGAAGCCCUUCCACUUUCAGGCUGCACUCCACGAAACUUGAAGCUGAUAGCAGGAGCUUUGAGUGUUAGAAUUAGAACUUAGAAGAAUGGUGUUUGGUCAAGUAGUGAUUGGCCCCCCUGGUUCCGGCAAAACCACUUAUUGCAACGGAAUGUCUCAGUUCCUCCAACUGAUCGGACGGAAAGUUGCUGUUAUCAAUUUGGAUCCCGCUAAUGAUGCUUUACCAUAUGAGUGUGCUGUGAAUAUUGAGGAUCUAAUUAAGCUGAGUGAUGUAAUGGUUGAACAUUCUCUUGGUCCCAAUGGAGGGCUUGUAUAUUGCAUGGACUAUCUCGAGAAGAAUAUUGACUGGUUGGAGUCUAAGUUAAAAUCUCUCCUUAAAGAGCACUAUUUACUUUUUGAUUUUCCGGGUCAGGUGGAACUAUUUUUCCUUCAUGACAAUGCGAAGAAUAUGAUUAUGGAACUUAUAAAGAAGUUAGAUCUAAGGUUGACUGCAGUCCAUUUGGUUGAUGCCCAUCUUUGCAGUGAUCCAGGGAAAUACGUGAGUGCAUUGCUCCUCUCUUUAUCCACCAUGUUACACUUGGAGCUUCCUCAUGUCAAUGUUUUGUCAAAGAUUGAUCUAAUUGAAAGCUACGGAAAGCUAGCUUUUAACCUAGACUUCUACACAGAUGUCCAAGAUUUAUCAUAUCUGCAGAAUGAGAUCAGUCAGGAUCCUCGCUCUGCUAAGUAUAGAAAGCUUACAAAGGAGCUUUGUGAGGUGAUAGAAGAUUAUGGACUCGUCAACUUCACACCUUUAGAUAUCCAGGAUAAAGAGAGUGUUGGGAAUCUAGUUAAGCUAAUUGACAAAAGCAAUGGAUACAUAUUUGUUGGCAUAGAUGCAAGUGCUGUUGAAUUCAGCAAAAUUGCAGUUGGUCCUGUUGAUUGGGACUACUACCGAGUUGCAGCUGUGCAGGAGAAAUACAUAAAGGAUGAUGAAGACGUUGAUAUGACAAAGGACAGUGAAACAAAAUAG